AUGGUCGAACACAGCGCGCCCAUCGUCUCUCACGGCCGAGGAGGCCAGGGAAACAUCGGCCCAGAUAGUAACGAGUACAUCGACGGUGGCAUCGUCCGCGAAGGACCCAUCGGUGACCAAGGCGACGGCGCUUAUUCCGCGGGUCGCGGCGGCGCAGGCAACAUCGGCUCCCCACAUGUAAAGCCAACAGCCAAGAUCCCACACGAUGCGGAAUUCAUCCCCGAGAUAUCGGUGCGCCAGUCCAUGGAAGGGGAUUAUCAUACCGGUCGCGGCGGCCAGGGUAACGUCCACCUAGACCCCGAGCAACAGAGAGCCAAAGACGAGAAGAAGGAAGAGAAGGCCAAGGCGAAGGAGGAUAAGAAGGCUGAGAAGGCGGCUGGUGCUACCCCUGAGGGGCUGGCGGAUAAGUUGAAGUAUAAGAUUUUCGGCAAGAAGUGA